GACGAUGUUACAUGUAACACCAAUCGCUUUGUAUUAGCGUUACACUCUAAACAGUACAACGUUCAUUUGAUACCGAUGGAGGGAAAACCGAACAGGGGCCGUCAAACUAGCUGGAAGAGAGGUGGAGGUGGAGGUGGAGUUGGAGUUGGAGCGAGGGGUGGAGGGGGAGUUGGAGCGAGGGGUGGAGGGGGAGCUGGCGGGGAAAGUGACAGCGGGACCUCGGGUGGUGAACACAGGGCCCGGGGAAGAGGACGAUAUGGAACUGGAAGGGGAAAAAGGGAUCAUUAUCGAGGCCGUGGCCGCGGCUGUCAACCUACCCCAUUUGGAAGGGGCCAGGAUGAAGGGAACAGGAUGGAUGAGGAUGAGGAUGAGGGGAUGGAGGUUUUCACCAAGAGGAAAUUGGAGUCUAACUGGGAUCGUUACAAGGAGUCAGAGAAGGAGGAGCCUAGUGAUGACACGCCCACACAGAGAGGGACGGACUACCACGUCCUCCUCGAAUCAGCAGUGUAACAGAUGUCAGAGGGUUACUGUGGUGAUGUUGGCCUGGUGGCCCCGCUCUCCUCUCUGAUGUACCUGGGGGUGAUGUGUGUGAGUGCUGGCCCCUCGCUACAUGUUUUGCCCACACUGCACGAUUAGUCUAUGUAAAGGAGAGAGAGAGGACCAGUUCACUACCAGAUUAGUCUAGGUAAAGGAGAGAGGACCAGUCCACUACCAGAUUAGUCUAGGUAAGGAGAGAGAGCAGGACCAGUCCACUACCAGAUUUGUCUAGGUAAAGGAGAGAGAGAGGACCAGUUCACUACCAGAUUAGUCUAGGUAAAGGAGAGAGGACCAGUCCAUAACCAGAUUAGUCUAGGUAAAGGAGAGAGGACCAGUUCACUACCAGAUUUGUCUAGGUAAAGGAGAGAGGACCAGUUCACUACCAGAUUAGUCUAGGUAAAGGAGAGAGAGAGACCAGUUCACUACCAGAUUAGUCUAGGUAAAGGAGAGAGAGAGGACCAGUCCACUACCAGAUUAGUCUAGGUAAAGGAGAGAGAGAGGACCAGUUACUACCAGAUUAGUCUAGGUAAAGGAGAGAAGAGGACCAGUCCACUACCAGAUUAGUCUAGGUAAAGGAGAG